GGUCAAUCAGCUGUGCACCAGGGCCCGAGGGCCCGGCAUCAGGGUCGACCCGAACAAGACGGAGGUCCUCUACAUCCCCCCCCCCGGGGCCACCGGAGCGAGGCGUGGCAGGAUCGACCCCACAACAACCUCGACCCAGGCGGAGAGGACGUCCUUCCUCCGUGGUAAAUCCGUCAAGUGGCUUGGAGUCUCCCUGGCCCCAAGCUCAGCCCUGCGACCCAAGCAGCCGCGAGGGCGGCGGCGACAGCAUCGGUGGUGGGGCUGGUCGAGCGCUUAUCCAACACGAGGCUCCGGGGCUUUCCCCCCUGGCCGGUCCCAAGAUCUUCGCGCAGUCGUCACCCCUUCCCUCCUGUAUGGCAUGGUCCAACUCGAUACCGGCCCAACUAGAGCCGCGGUUGACGGCCACUUAGCCCCAUCUAAAAUUAUGCCGGUGUGGUCGUCCCUCACCAAGGUCGCGAACGCGGCACCCAGAGUGAUCUUCCCGGUGUGGUGGACGAUCCCGACCACGUGA